AUGUUCCGGUUGAAGGAUGGUCUCCACACCCUGCUCUUGACGGGCGCCAGCGGCAACGCGGCGGCGCUGAUCGGCGGGGUGACGCUGCACUCGGCGAUGAACAUUGGAUUCGAGGGCAAGAACGAGGUGGCAAGGAACGUUUCGGAAGAAGAGAAGCUGCGUUGGAAAAAUAUGGUCAUGUUGAUCGUCGACGAGAUCAGCCAGGUUGGCGGACUCACGCUCGCGGCGGUAGACAACCGUCUGCGGCAACCAGCCUCCUCUUGCCAAUGCCUAGGGACCGCGGCGGACAGAGACCAGAGGCGUACUCCGCCACGGAGACGACUCACAGCUGCCGACCCCUGGCCUCUUCUUUUACGCCCAAGGCAUGCCGGUCGUGGUGACUCGCAACCAGUUUGUCGGGCUGAAGGUCGUCAACGAGUCAACGGGGCACCUUUCAUGGCCGUCGACAUCUUCCCCGACCUCGCGUUUGGCACCAUCGCCCUCACUAGUGACGUGACUCUCCAUCUCGGACCGCCGGUGGUCGUCCUCCUCCAGUCGGACGAUAGCGCGGACCUCGCCAUCCCCGGGCUCCCCAACGACACCAUCUUAGUCAAGAGCAAGACGGUCGCCAUCCCGAGCCAAAUGCGGGGCAAGGAAGGCAGAUGGAGGGGCAAGCCCGGUUUUCGGCGUACGCCGCGGCGGCACAGCGACUCGGCCCAGUUUCAUAAGUCUCCGGAAAGCAGUGACUUCAUCGAGCCGAAGAACGUGCUUGAUAAAGACAUGAGGGACGCCAUCCUCAAGCCGGAACGACAGGGUGAGGAGACCAGACGGCGGUUCGAGCAGGACCACAGGCACGAGUCGUGGUUCCAGGAAUGGGACGUCAUGGCCGAAUCAGCGCAGAUUGAAGCAGCUGACGAAGAAGCGGGUGCGUCGCUCUAG